CGUACCAGGUAAUCGACCUGGGUGGAGAGCCGAUCAAGGGCAGCGACUACUUUGGAAACGGCCGAGUGACAGAAUUCAAAUACGGUGCGAAACUGGGGACAGUGAUCCGCAAGUGGAAUGGAGAAAGGAUGGCCUACCUCAAGAACUGGGGAGAAGGCUGGGGCUUUGUGCCUUCCGACAGAGCGCUGGUCUUUGUGGAUAAUCACGACAACCAGCGGGGACACGGGGCCGGUGGAGCUUCCAUCCUGACCUUCUGGGACCCCAGGCUGUAUAAAAUGGCAGUUGGUUUCAUGCUGGCUCAUCCGUACGGGUUCCCACGCGUGAUGUCGAGUUUUCGCUGGCCAAGAUAUUUUGUCGAUGGACGGGACGUCAAUGACUGGGUUGGACCACCAAGUAACUCGGAUGGCUCCACAAAGCCUGUUACAAUCAAUGCAGACACUACCUGUGGCAACGACUGGGUCUGUGAGCAUCGCUGGCGUCAAAUAAAGAACAUGGUUAUGUUCCGAAACGUGGUGGAUGGUCAGCCUUUCUCCAACUGGUGGGACAACGGCAGCAAUCAAGUAGCUUUUGGCCGCGGUGAUAAAGGCUUCAUCGUCUUCAAUAACGAUGACUGGUAA